AUGGAUCACCCAACGUCCCACGACGGCUGGCCUCGAGAACGCCUUCCUUCACUUUCUACUCCGGAAGACCCUUUGGAGGCCUACAACCUGUACAGCGCCGUACUGUUAGCAGUAGACGAGCCAGCCACGCUCGCGCAGGCCUCCAAAGCGCCAAUUGAGCCGCACAAGCCUGCGCAGAAGGUCUCCUUUGCCUCAAUUCCUUGCUCCCCUACGCCAACAGCUCCUAUUGUCCGCUCACCAACCCCUUACGCACCCGAGCGGCAAGAUCAGCUUCCCGAUGUGUCCAACCCGCACCAUCGGGCCGGCUGGCCAUUAUCCUCUGGCCUGCGAAGGGUACCUAUGCGACCUCUCAAUCCCUCGUCCUCCUCAGAUGCUUACAGAGCCUACGAAGCCCGCAAAGACCCCGUCGCUGCUCUGGGUCUGGGCGGGCCGCCGUGGCCAGACGAUCCGGUCAAUCGACCCCUGGGCCCGAUCCCGUCCCAGCGGAGGCAUAAGCGUAACAAUGCAGUCUCCUUCGUUCGGCCAACGGAGAACCCUUUGAAAGGAGCACCGGAAACUACGGAAGCUGUGGCUGAUAGCAUUCGGGAGAACCUGGCCUUCUUCGCUGAAAAGGAGUCUGAGUCCAAGGAUACCUCGCCCCCUACUACACCUGCUCCUAUCGGACCUACCGCUCCUAGCCCUUCUAGAUCCCCUACUAUUCCUGAAAACCACUUUCGAGCCUAUUGGGAUUACAACCGGCUCUGUGUCAGCCCUAAUGACUUCCACAUCGCCCUCCAAAGGCGCGAGCAAGCCUGGCAUGAGCAAUGGGGCACACCAGCACCGGGCCAAGAUUACGAGAACAUACCAACAUCAGAGCUGUGGUUCAGCGCAUGCGAGCAGGGUAGGUAUCUCGAGGAGAACAGCCACGCCAACAACAACCUGACGGUGGCGAAUGAGAGGUUUGAGAUGAGUCGUAGGAGGACUGAGCAUUGGCUUGAGGAGGCACGGAGAGCGGAGGAGGAGAGGAAGAGUGAUGAAGGUGUGAUGUCUGAUGCCAAGCAAGAAGGGGAGAAGGUGGAGGCGGAGAGGUACGUCCCGAAAACCUUCAGCGACGACGAUGACGACGACGAUAUCGAUGAUGAGCCAAAGGCCGAGCACCCUUUCAUCACCGCCUAUAAAGCCUUGCUCCAGAAACGAAAGGAGGAGCGGGAGGCGGAGCUGGCCAUGGAAAAGGAUCAGGAUCAGGAUCAGGAGCAGGGACAGGGCAAGACGGCUCCUGCGACAAAGAAUACUAGUGUUACAAAGUCAGAUCUAACGUCUCUGCCCAAGGAAAAAGAGCAGGAAAAGGGCAAGGAGGACGCUCCUGCGACGGAUAACGCUAGUGCAAGGAAGAGGGGUGCGAUGGGUUCUAAGGAGACGAUGGGUGGGAAACAAGAAGAGCCACAGAAGGCGCAGAGAAAAAAAGGGGUGAAGAUUUCGGUGUGUGCCGGUGGUGGUGAGGCAGGGCGGGCGGGGGACAAGAUGGCGUGGGCUACGAAGCCUGACCUGAAGACCCAGGCCGGGGUGAAGACGAAAGACGUGCGAGCCAAGAAGGCCGUUGCAAAGACUGAGGCCGCGGCGCAGAUGGAAGAUGUGCCGCUGGAGUUUUUGGAGGAGCAGUGGGUGGAAGUUGAUGCGGAUGCUGUGGAAUGGGAAGUCGUGCAGAAGAUUUCGCAUCGGGGGUCAAUGGAAGUAUUGAAUAUUUUUUAA